AGGGGGUAUAGGCAUAACAUGAAAGAGAGGAUGGAUUUGAUCUGUUGUUGCCACACGUGAAAGUGAAAUGAAUCCAGCAGAACACUGGUUGCAACGGAUUUCGCCUAUUGUGAGAGCGUGACACCUGCCUUGAAAACAAACUCUAUACUUGGGCCCACCUCGGAUAAGAUAUAACCUCUCGCUUUGUGCACUGGAAUAAAGGACAACGUAAACAGUUUCUUCAUCAUGGAUUGUCAAGAAAAUGAGUACCGGGACCAAUGGGGGCAUUGUGUCACCUGCCAGCAGUGUGGCCCUGGACAGGAGCUCUCCAAGGAAACUGUUGUGAGCCUCAUUUUACCGACUAGACAACCACAGUUCAGAGAGUGUGUGCAACUUGUUCAGUGACUGUGAAUGCCGAAGAAAUACAUUUGGAGUCAGGAUUGCGGUUAUGGAGAAGGUGGAGAUGCAUACUGCACAGCCUGCCCUCCCCGAAAAUAUAAAAGCACAUGGGGGCAUCACAGGUGUCAGACUUGCAUCACCUGUGCUGUCAUCAAUCGGGUCCAGAAAGCCAACUGCACGAAUACCUCUAAUGCUAUCUGCGGAGACUGUAUGCCCAGGUUCUACCGAAAGACGCGCAUCGGGGGCCUGCAGGACCAAGAAUGCAUCCCAUGUACAAAGCAGACUCCUUCUUCUGAGGUUCAGUGUACCUUCCAGUUGAGUUUAGUGAAGGUAGAUGCACACGCUGUUCCCGGUAAGGAAGCCACGCUUGUCGCACUGGUGGGCAGUCUGCUGGUAGUGUUUGCACUGGCCUUCCUUGGACUCUUCUUCCUCUACUGCAAGCAGCUCUUUAAUAGACAUUGUCAAUGUGUUGCAGGAGGUUCGUUGCAAUAUGAGGCUGAAAAGGCAGUGGAGGAGGAUUCUCUUUUCCCCAUGCCACCUGGCCAGGAGACCAGUCCUGAAUUUCCAGUGAAUGAGAUCAAGCCACUCAGCUCCAUCUUGGAUGACGACUGCAGUUCCACGCGUGGCUUCCCCACCCAGGAGUCCUUUACCAUGACCUCCUGCGCCUCAGAGAGCCAUUCUAAAUGGGUCCAUACCCCCAUUGAAUGUACAGAGCUGGACCUGCAAAAGUUUUCCAGCUCUGUGCCCUGUACUGGAGCUGAAACCCUGAGGGAGAACACAGUUGAAAGCUCCGGAGAGAGCCUGGAGCUCCGAGUACCUUUUCAAGUUCCCAGCCUUUGACUCUACUGAGGUGAGCUAGAAAAAUGUGGUUAGAAGACCAGGAGGUGUGGGCCACUCUCAACAAUUUUCCAGCCCCAGUUCUAUUGUCUGAUAGGGCUUGGGUGGAAGAAUGGCAGGAAAUGAGGCUGGUAGCGGUUGGAGAGGCAACAGUUGAGGCACUAAGUCUUUGAGCUAAUUUUACAUCAGAUUUGGACGCCAACAAUUGUCUGGAGACCUGGCAGGCGGGCGUGAUGCCAGCUUCUUCAUCUGGACCCUACUCUUGACUAGUCAUAUUGUUUACUCCUUUUGUUUGUAUAAACACAACAGCAUCAUACAAAUAAGCAACUCUGUAUUCAGAUGAACCCUUGUUCCUGAACAGCCUUAUGAUCUCGAGGAAAUCAUUUUACCUCGUUCAGACACAGAGUUUUCUGCUCAUGAGUCAGUGUGAGGAUUGAAUGACGACAUACACAAGUGUCCUUUAUAAUGUCUUCGUGAGAGGUGUUUGUACCAUGAUGGCAUUUCCUUCCUUUCCCUGUGUUUGGUCCCCAAUUACAAAUUCCUUCUAUAGCCACUACAUUUUUUUCUGAACUUCAUAACUUCAUACCUUUGUGGUAGGCAAAUGAGAAAUAUGCUAAUCUCGUUUUAAACAGGCAGAAACUGAGCCACAGAGAUGAAAAGUGGUUUGCUUAAAGACAGAGUAAUCCAUUCUCAGAACUAGGCUAGAACCUGGGAUUCGCAGCUCCAUUACAGAGUUCAUCUAACUCCAUCAUUGGAUUUUGAAAUCUAUGUGUAUGUUACCUCAAUAUAUGUCACAUAUUCAUAUGUUGUACGCAUGUAUAUGUGCGUGUGUGUGUAUAGAAACAUCAUGGAUAAAAAAAAACAACAUACACAAAAUUCAUUUGUGCUUCAUGUGCACUUUGCACACAUAACCUGAAGGUACUUUCAUGUGCUAUUCUUAGUACAAACUGUCAUGUGUGAGCAAGUAUGCAAUUUUUCACUUAUGGUGUCAAUGUCAAAUAGGAAUAAAAUUUUGAGUAUUUUGGAUUUUGAAUCUUUGAAUUUUGCCCUAAGGACACCCAAUCUAUUUCUUCGUCUAGAGGUUAUGUAGUUCUUGUUCAAAUAUUCUAGUGAAAAGAAGCUCACAACUGCCCAAUGUGUAUUACACUUACAACUGACAAACUGGAGCUCAAUAUAAAAAGCAUAAUGGUAUCUUGUACUCACUUAUGGGUUCUAGUUCUUUCCCUGGGUCACACAUCUGACUUCUCUGCCAUAUGUGAGAAGUGAGGACAACCACUUUGGGUUUUUAUUAAGUACAUGGUACUAAAACUUAACCCAGUCUCAGGGAAAAAAUGUUUUUUUUUUUCUAGUUUGGAAUAGGAUAGAUUUGUUAUCUCCAUGGCUAGGUGAGAGAUUUCAGCUAUUGUGCCUUAAAUCACUGGUCCAAACACGAACUUUUAGAGAAAAGAAAGAGGAGGGUGGUGAUUACACAGCAUCACAGGAUUCUAACUACUCUGCUCUUUUUCUAGGUCUCUUUCACUCUUGGCAACCUUGUCAGUGAUUGUUCCUGGACUUUCCUGCUCUUCUUCUAUUCAACAGCUGUAGCAUGGGCCCCACAAUAAUCAGUACUCUAAAAACGGGGUACACAGGGCCCAUCCUACGAGAGAAUUAAAUCCCCACCAUUUUCCCAAGACUGGCCUUGAACAUUUUUUGUUUUCUUCUUUUAGUCUGGGGACUCAGAAUUCAUAGCCAUGAAAAUGGCUAUGGGCCAGUUAAUUAAUUAUCGAGGUGGGGGAAUAACAACAAACAAGGUCGAAUUUUCCUGCCUGUAUAUUUUUUCUUCUUAUAUUUUUUGUCAGGUAGAUCUGAGGAAGGGUUUUACAGAAUUCUGUUGACAUCUAUAUACCACUUUAGAGAGAAAAAUAAAGUGUUUUUCAAUUUAGCUUUCUGCUUUGACUCUCUCUCCUAAUACACACACACACACACAC